AUGAGAUUUUUUUUCACCUUUAAUUUAAUAAGCACGAUGAAUAACAACACAUUUUCUAAUAGUAUUAGGAUGUAUAUAUUGGAAGGAGGCGGCGAAGACAAGGACAUGGAUAUUGAUGUUGAUGCUGAUAUUGAUCUGUUUGAUAUUACCAAAUUCAACUAUAGAAAAUUAUUUGAUAAACGUGCCAAUCAAAAUAUCAGCCAUACAGAAAUGGUGUUUAAAUUUUUUGGAAUUGAGAAUAUAUCUGAUUUGGAUAUGAUCCCUCAAAAAAACAAAUGGUAUUUUGGCGAUCAUCCUGAUGAGUGGAAAGAAUUAUUCAUUUUUUUUUGUGUUAUGCCGUUUACCGAAUAA